AUGUUAGAAGUGUCUUUAGGUCUUGUAGAUUAUAGUGAAGAUAUCACUGAUGACCUUCUAUUAUCUUAUGACCAUAAAGACAAGAUAGCAGCUAUUGAAAUAUAUGGUGCAUCAAAUGUAUUACAUGUAUCCUUCAUUCAAGAAAAUCCACGUUUUAUGAUUAAUCACAUGUAUCAUGAAGAUUCUGAUAUUUUAGAAAUUAAUCUCGAUGUUGAGAUAGGAAUGGAUAACGAUGGAAAGCUUGUUAGCUUACUCUUUUAUAAUGCUAGUAAUAGAGUAUUAGAGACGUUGUCAGAAGAUAAGAGAGAAGAAUAUGCGAACAUGGCAGAAGAAUUUAGAAAACGAUGUAGUGAAUUCUUGAAAAUGAAUAAACCCGAAAUUAAUAUGCAAGAAGUAGUUUAA